UUUUUAUGUGUGACUUGUUCAGUUUCAUUCCGCCAGCCUCGUACACCACAAUUUAUGCGAAAAUGGAACACCACAACCCACGUCACACUGCACCAGCAUUAACUGGGCCGUUCCUCGAACAUCUGAAUAGAGAAAUGGAGGCAACAAUAGAUUACAGGCACCAGUCGCUGGAAAAUUGCUUUCCGGAGCAUCGUGAUCAUCUCUCUUCCCCCACUGACUACUCGACAAAUCCAUACGCGCAUUGCGCGACCGACAGAACGCGCUGGGAGACUCGAGCUCGGCCUGCACCGCCCUCAAACGGUAUCGAGCUUGAAAGCAGAGACAUAUUGAUUGGAGCUUUCGAUCAUCUGGCAUCGCAACAUGAUGUAGAGUCAGAGUCAUUGAAUCAAUAUGGGUUUUCUGGCCCAGCGAAAUUUGAGAGCACAAAGUUUCCAUCAUUCAGCCUACAGACCCAGGGACUGAUCUACACAAAUCUUGGCACAACAAAUGCACGUCAAUCGCUACUAGCGCAAAACUCAUCGUUGCCGCUCUCUCCAUCAAUUCUUACAAGUCAGCAAGUUGGCAAGAUGAACGACAUGCAUCACAUGGCGCUUCAACCUUCCGACGCAGUAUACUUACCACCGUACGACAAUAUGCAUCAAUCUGAAGCGCAGGACCUCUUAGGCUUGGAUUUUGGCCCCGAUCUUCCGGUACGAUUAGAUAAUAAUCAAGGGUCUGGAUUCGAAGUUGCUCUGAGAUGUCCACACCCGUCAUGCUCUUCGAAGCUGCUCUUUACCCGACGGUGCGAUAGAGACAAGCAUUAUCGUCUUCAUUUUCGAAAAUUCUUCUGCAGAAUCACUGGAUGCCACAUGUCGCAUGAAUCAAAGGGUCCCAGGUCUCAAAUAGGCUUUUCUACGAUGAAGGAUAGAGACCGACAUGAAAAAGGCCAUAACCCGUCGAUAGUGUGUCCCUACUGUGGGAAUUUAUUCAGUCGGAAUGAUAAUUUCCAAAGCCAUUGCCAAAGACUACAUUCAGAUAUGAGAUCUUAGAGGAGGUAUAUCUAACCAUGGACCUGGGAAGACUCGAAUCGCCAACUGACAUGAGGGUAGAAAGCCAUCCCCGUGGCAUGGAGGUGUGGAGCCUCGAUGAUUUUGAAUGGCGCUCAACUCUUGUCACACUAUCUGGAAAGCCAAUUGGCACGUGAAAGUUGUUCGCACCACAAAGAUCCAGUUUGAGAUGACGUAGUCUGUGUCUCUAUACUGGAAGAAGUUCCCAAAGGACUGUGGCGCAAUCGAUUGCGGCAGACUCGUUGAUCCAUCCUAAACAUGGAAAGAGGCUGUGAAUUUCUCUAUCUGUUCUGACGGAAGAUGGAUUACGAUUAUGACUACAUAACUGAGCAACGAAUUAUCCGAGAUAUUCGUCCGUAUAUCAGAAUUUAUAGAUCGGCAUACUAGCUAUC